GGGGCAGCAGCCCACACUUACCUUACAGGGGCACCUGCCUGCUGAGGCUGACAAAAAGGAGAACACACAGGAGUCAGCUGUAGAGACAUUGUGAACUUCAACUUCUCUUAGCUUUGAACCUGGAGCUGAACUGGGUGUUCGACAUCAUCAUGAAGUUUAUCCUCCUCUGGGCUCUCUUGAAUCUGACUAUUGCUUCAGCCUUUAAUCCGGAUUACACAGUCAGCUCCACUCCCCCCUACUUGGUCUACUUGAAAUCUGACUACUUGCCCUGCACUGGAGUCCUGAUCCACCCUCUUUGGGUGAUCACAGCUGCACACUGCAAUUUACCGAAGCUUCGGGUGAUAUUGGGGGUUACAAUCCCAGCAGACUCCAGUGAAAAGCAUCUGCAAGUGAUUGGCUAUGAGAAGAUGAUUCAUCAUCCACACUUCUCAAUCACUUCUAUUGAUCAUGACAUCAUGUUAAUCAAGCUGAAAAGAGAGGCUGAACUCAAUGACUAUGUGAAACUAGCCAACCUGCCCUACCAAACUGUCUCAGCAGAUACCAUGUGUUCUGUCUCCACCUGGAGCUACAACGUGUGUGAUAUCUACAAGGAGCCCGAUUCACUGCAAACAGUGAACAUCUCCAUAAUCUCCCAGUCUCAGUGCCGCAAUGCCUAUAAAACCUACAACAUCAAGGAAAGUAUGCUGUGUGUGGGCAUCGUGCCAGGAAGGAGGCAGCCCUGCAAGGAAGUUUCUGCUGCCCCAGCAAUCUGCAAUGGGAUGCUUCAAGGAAUCCUGUCCUUUGCGGAUGGAUGUGUUUUGAGAGCUGAUGUUGGCAUCUACGCCAAAAUUUUUUACUAUAUACCCUGGAUUGAAAAUGUAAUCCAAAAUAACUGAGCUCCUGUGGCAGUUGUGGACCAUGUGACGCAGCUUGUUUCCAUCGUUCAGCUUCAGAAUUAAACAUAAAUUA